AUGAGUAGAGCUCCACUAAAUCCGGUCCCAACAAUAUCUGAACCAUUUAAGAAAAUUGCAAUCGACUUGAUAGGUGAAUUACCAAAAACAAAAACAGGGUACAAAUAUGUUUUGACCUUGAUUGAUUAUGGUACUCGAUAUCCGGAAGCAAUUCCGCUGAAAACAACUCAUUCUCGCGUUAUUGCUGAAGCGUUAAUUAGUGUAUUUUCACGGGUGGGCCUACCAAAUGAAAUAGUCUCUGACCAAGGAUCUAAUUUAAUUGGACAACUGAUGAGACAGUUGUACGAAUUAUUGGGUAUUUCGCAUAUUAAAACCUCGGUUUAUCAUCCAGAGGCUAAUGGUUUGGUUAAGAGAUUUAACGGCACUUUAAAACAUAUGCUUAAGAAAUUUGUAGCGAAUCAAAUUGAUAACUGGGAUAAGUAUUUACCGCAUGUAUUGUUUGCUUAUCGCGAAGUUCCGUGUCAGUCGACUGGGUACUCGCCGUUUGAAUUAUUAUAUGGGAGGAGUGUACGUGGGCCCUUCUCACUGAUUAAAGAAACUUGGGUUCGCAAAGAAUCUUUACCCAAAGACGCGAUAAGUUAUGUGUUAGAAGUGCGACGACGAUUAAGUCAAAUGCAAAGUAUUGUUCAUGAAAAUACUAAAAAGAGUCAAGCCAAACAAAAGAAGCUUUAUGAUCAGAAAAGUUCGCAUAGGAAAUUUCAGAUUGGCGAUAAAGUAUUGGUAUUGUUACCGACGCCUGGGAGUAAACUCGAAAGCAAAUGGCAGGGUCCUUACACUGUCACUAACGUUUGUACGAACGGCUUGAAUUAUGAAUUAGAUAGAGAAAAGGGGCGAAAACAAAAACGGACUUAUCACAUAAAUCUAUUAAAGCUUUGGAAAACCAGAGAAGAAAUGAAGUUGUCUACAACUGAGAAAGAGUGCUUAGCGAUAGUUUGGGCAGUUGAGACAUUUAGGUAUUAUCUGUUUGGAAGAAAAUUUAUCCUUCAAACGGAUCAUAACCCUUUAGUUUGGUUAAACCAGGUUAAAAACAAGAAUAGGAAAUUAUUGCGAUGGAGUUUAACCCUUCAGGAAUAUGACAUCGAAUUAGAACAUAAGUGUGGAGAGAAGCAUGUGAAUGUGGAUGCGGUUAGUAGAAUGCCAUAA